AUGAGCAAUACCUUUGAUGAGCAGACACAGGGGAUGGACGUGACGAAGAUGUUCCCAGACCGGGUGAAGGGAAAAACAUUCCUAAUAUCCGGACUGAAACGAGGCGACCUCCCCGCAACCACCGCAGACGCCCUCGCCUACGGCGGUGCAGGAACCAUAAUAUGCACAGGCCGCUCGCAACCCGAACUCCAGCCGGUGCUGGACCACAUCAAUCGCAAAUACAAGGCGGUCAAAAUGAUAUUUGUGACCGCCGACCCCGGCAGCCUGGCUUCGUUCCAGGAGGCGGCGCAGACCAUCAAGAAGUUGGGUGUGACCAUCGAUGGCUUCGUUGGGUUUCCCGAGGUCAUGGCUGUCCCGUGGGAGCUCACGGUGGACGGACACGAGUCUCAUUUCCAGAGGAAUUACCUGUGUUAUUUCCUGAUGUUGAACCUGCUGUGUGAUAUUAUGGGGCCUGAGUCGAGGGUUGUUUUGGUUACGUCUAGUUUGCGGAAGGAGGCGCCUGCGCCUUCAUGGGAAGAUUUGAGCUUUCAGAAUGGAGAGAACUAUCAUUGUCUCGAUGGAUAUUCGCAAUCCAUGCUCGCGAUCAUCUUGUUCCUCAAGUCUAUUGCGAAGAAGUAUAGUAUCGCUGCCUUUUCUGUAAAUCCAGGAAAUACCAAAACCAACAUCCAGACAUACGUUUCAAUGGAGGAUAUCAAAUCCUGGCUCCAGCGAAAGAAAGAAGCGGGCGAAGACAUACCGGUCCUGUUACAGCAAGCGCCGAAGUCUCUUGGUCAAGGUAGUGCGAGCGUGUUGCGCGGAUUACUGGAUCCAGAACUCGAAGUCCAAUCUGGAGCGUUCCUUGACCAUUGUCAGAAUAUACCCAAGUUACCGCAUCUCGAUUUCCCAGCGGGUGAAGAAAGUGCAGAGGCAUUAUGGAGACGAAGCCAAGAAUUAAUCGAGUCAUUUCUUUCCUGA